CACACACGGCAGUUUGACUGCAGUAAGUUUAGCAGAAGCAAUGACAGAUCCAGUGAAACGAGGAAGAGAACAGGCAGCGUAUUUGAGAAAGUCAGCAACACUUUUUAACCACUUACAGUUUAACAGCUCAAAUCGUCAGAGCCCCUCCUGCUCUCUGCAGUCGUUCUUCAGCUUCAGGGAAAGGACGUCGCCUAAUGCAGGCUGACCUGCUGAUCUCACUCAGAAUGUCUCUGACUGUUUCUCUGCUGGUUCUGCUCUUCAUCUCUGGAGUUGUUGCUCAGGAUGGGUGGGGUGUGGAUUACAAAGAUAAGUCUAUCUGUGCUCUAAAGGGGUCUACAGUGACCAUACGCUGCACUUACACAUAUCCAAGAGGUCGCGUAGUCCUAAGAGCUUUCUGGACCAAACAGUGGGGUCGAGGUUCAGAGCCUCCUGAUCUGUUAGAUGAUCCAGAGUACAGAGGCAGAGUUCAGUACCUCGGAGAUAAACAACACAACUGCACUCUCAGACUGAGGAAUGUGAGAGAAACUGAUCAAAGUAAAUACUACUUCAGAUUUCUAACAAACCAAACUGGAGGAAAGUAUCAAGGUGCAGGUGGAGUUGAUCUUUCAGUCACAGAUCUCCAGGUGGAGGUUCCUGAGAGAGUGAUAGAGGGAGAUGAAGUCACUCUCACAUGUAAAACCAGCUUCAGUUUGUAUGACAGACCAACAUUCACCUGGUACAGAAACUGGAAUCCUUUAUCCUCCAAUACUGACCAGCUCCACCUGCAGCCGGUCAGCAGGGAGGAUGCAGGCAGGUAUCGCUGUGCUGUACUGGAUCAGAACCUUCACUCUCCUGUGGUCACUCUUAAUGUGAGAUAUGGUCCAAAGAGCGUCUCAGUGUCUGUCAGUCCCACUGGUGAAAUACUGGAGGGCAGGUCAGUGACUCUAGCCUGCAUCAGUCAUGCAAACCCAGCUGUGCAGAACUACAUCUGGUUUAAAGGAACAUCAAUAGUAGCAGAAGGAGAGACUUACACAAUGAAGAAGAUCAGCUCUGUGGACAGUGGAGAAUACAAGUGCAGGUCCAGUAAUGAACAUGGAGAGAAACUCUCUGCAGCUCUCACUCUGAAUGUUUUGUAUCUCCGGGUGGAGGUUCCUGAGAGAGUGAUAGAGGGAGAUGAAGUCACUCUCACAUGUAAAACCAGCUUCAGUCUGUCUUACAGACCAACAUUCACCUGGUACAGAAAUGGACAUCGUUUAUCCUUCAGGACUGACCAGCUACACCUGCAGUCGGUCAGCAGGGAGGAUGCAGGCAGUUAUGACUGUGCUGUAUGGAGUAAGAACCUUCGCUCUCCUGAGGUCACUCUUAAUGUGAGAUUGAUGCAGCACCUGAUCCAGAUCCGUCCAAUCAGGACGAUGUUCAUUAUGCCAGUGUUGUACCCCGUAAACCCAGAAACCCCAGGAAUGCCGAGAGCUCUGCAGGGACAGCUUCUGCCUUUGGGGCUGAUGAGGAGGUUCAGUACGCCAGCGUCCAGCACCGCAGUGAUAAAGUAG